UUAUAGCCAACCUCUCCCUCCACCCCUCUCCUACUCCUACCUACUCUCUCUCUAAUAUUCCAAAAGACAAUAAAAAAAUUAGUAUUAAAGAAUCAUCGAGGAGCCUCUCUGGCUUCAUAUAGAAUAUCAUUUUUAUUUUGGCAGAGAAGCAUGCUGCUUUCCAUGAAAAUUUCUUGACUUUUGGUUGCUUUCUGUCAAAAUUAACUCAAAACUUCCUCGAAAGAUUUCUGGGUUGUUGAGAAAAGAGGUUUUGCAAUAAUGGGUAAUCGUUUUACUUGCAUGACAAAGAAGGACACUAGAGAUAAUCAUGGAUCAAGAAGCAAGAGAAUGGGCAGGUCUCAGAGGAAGUUGUUGGCAGAGGAAGAGCUCUUGCAUAGACAAGCUUUAUCUAUGGCACUACAACAGCACCAAUUGUCUCAGAGAUUUGAUGGAUCCAUGUCCAGGAGGAUUGGCUCCACUAGCUCUAGAAGAAGAAAUCUCUCUGAUCCUUUCUCUAAUGGAAAACAGGUGCCUGACUUUUUGGAGAAUAUAAAGCUAAAGAAGUUUGUUCUGGUGCAUGGAGAAGGUUUUGGAGCAUGGUGUUGGUACAAAACUAUUGCUUUAUUAGAGGAAGCAGGAUUGGUUCCCAUUGCCAUAGAUCUAACAGGAUCAGGCAUUGAGCUGGCAGAUACAAACAGUGUCACAACAUUGGCAGAGUACUCAAAACCAUUGAUUAGUUAUUUAGAAAACUUGCCUGAGGAUGAACAGGUUAUUUUGGUUGGCCAUAGUAGUGGAGGUGCCUGUGUCUCUUAUGCACUUGAGCAUUUCCCCAAAAAGAUCUCGAAAGCUAUUUUUCUCUGUGCUACAAUGGUUUCUGAUGGUCAGAGGCCUUUUGAUGUGUUUGCUGAAGAGCUUGGAUCUGCAGAACGUUUUAUGCAAGAAUCACAGUUUUUGAUUUAUGGAAAUGGUAAAGACAAGCCUCCUACAGCUUUCAUGUUUGAGAAACAGCAAAUGAAAGGUUUAUAUUUCAACCAAUCACCAACAAAGGAUGUUGCGUUGGCCAUGGUUUCAAUGAGACCUAUUCCACUUGGUCCCAUCAUGGAGAAGCUAUCAUUGACCCCUGAAAAAUAUGGAACUGGUCGGCGGUUCUUCAUUCAGACACUGGAUGAUCGUGCUCUUUCACCAGAUGUCCAAGAAAAGCUAGUGAGAGAGAAUCCACCAGAAAGAGUCUUCAAGAUUAAAGGAAGUGAUCACUGCCCAUUCUUUUCAAAGCCUCAGUCCCUGCAUAAAAUGUUGCUGGAGAUUGCUCAAAUUCCAUAGAUUAUAUUUCAGAAAAUUGAGUGUGAUUUUUACGCAAGGCAAUAGAUCUGAUACAAGUCAUGUACAAUGUGAAGGUCCACUAUUGUAGUUAACACUUGGGCCAUAUGUCUACUGUUAUUUAUCUCCAUUUCAAGAAGGUUUAUAGGAAGGAAAUGUAUCAACUUUUUUAUUAAACUAAUCAUCAUCGUAAUUUAUCGUGACUGGAUGGUUGGUUCCUC